GAUGUUCCCGACCUUUGAGCGACCAGAAAAACAAGGGAAGGAAGCCACUUUGCGCUACAAAAGGAGGAGGUGGAUCUGAAGCUAUCUUUCCGUGGAUGUCGAACGGACGUGCAAUGGUCUACUGUACUGCAUUCAGUGUUUGAGGAUCUUAAUUAGUGGACAGGAACAAGGAACCAGAAGCUGGUUAGGUGGAUACUUAGCUAGGUAGGUGUCGGAGUCGAGUUAAGGGGCUGGACGUGUUUAAGGUGCCAACACCUUCACGAGAUCUACUGAAGACACCACAGGAGAAGACUCCAAAAGAACCCGAGAAAAAGAGCGAGUGUUCUACGGAAGAAGGGAGAGAGAGAAGAGAGAGAGAGAGAGAGAGUUUGGGUGGAGGAAAUGGAACGUAGAAGGCAAUAGGGGAAGUACCGCUCGUUAAGGAAUCCUUUCGAUUGUCUCCGCCUUGGCUCUCCUCGCAAGGAGUUGUUAGCUUAGGGAGGAAAGCUGGCGAACCGGUGGUGGGCGGGGAGCGUGGCGAUGGGCGGAAUAGACCCCGUCGUCGCCACCACUCCCUCGACCCCUUCCCUCCAUGUCCGCAACCCCAACGCCCAACUCAGCCCCCACCGCCGAGACCUAGCGGACAACCCCGCUACCCCGAACAGCAGCAGCAGCAAGAACAACAACAACAACAACAACCAUGUCAAGGACGACGACGCCGGCACCGGAGACGACCACUCCGGCGGUGGCGGUGGUGGCCUUGACAUGGUCGAAGCCGGAUCAGGCGGGAGCGGAGGCGGUAGCGGCAACUCCGGACGCCGCCCUCGGGGCCGGCCGCCCGGGUCGAAGAACAAGCCGAAGCCGCCCGUCAUCAUCACGAGGGAGAGCCCCAACGCGCUCCGCUCUCACGUCCUCGAGAUCGUCAGCGGCACCGACAUCAUGGACGCCAUCGCCGUCUUCGCCCGCCGCCGUCAGCGCGGCGUCUCGAUUUUGAGCGGCAGCGGCGUCGUCACCAACGUCACGCUCCGGCAGCCCGCCGCGCCGCCAGGCUCCGUCAUCACUCUCCAUGGACGGUUCGAGAUCCUCUCUGUGUCAGGCGCAUUCCUUCCGGCGCCGUCGCCCCCAGGCGCCACGGGGCUGACCGUGUACCUCGCCGGUGGGCAAGGGCAGGUGGUGGGUGGGGUCGUGGCCGGGGAAUUGGUGGCCUCGGGGCCGGUUUUGAUCAUAGCAGCCACCUUCGCUAACGCCACCUACGAACGGUUGCCGCUCGGCGACGACGAGCCCGAGGCGGCUGCAGCACCACCGGGAUCGGAGGAAAUGCAGUUGCUACAGAGCCCAGGAGGAGAUGGAGCAGGUGGUGGUUCGUCGUCACACCAGCUGCAUGCCGGAUUGGCGACCGACCCCCCUCUCUUCAAUCCACCGCCGAGCCUGCUUCCCAAUGGGCAGAUGCCGCACGAGGUGUUCGGUGCGUGGACCUCAACGAGUUCGCGUCAUCCGCCAUCCUACUGAUGAUCUAUAUAUAUCACAAGGUAUCAUUCAUUUCCCUUUGACAACUAUUCAUGGACGAUUAUUCAUGCCAGAGACGACUGACGACAUUCAUGCAGAUUACUGGUCAAGUAGUUGUUUGAUGAACAAGAUCCGAGUAUUACCUGGAAACCAUCUGUGGAGG